AUGAAUAUAGCUUGGGAAGAACAUCAAGUUCUGUUGAAACAAGGAGACAUGAGUCAUCGGUCUCCGCUCAAUGUCGUAUUAUGGGCGCUCGGACAAUUUGCUGUGGAAGUCCCAUUAGAGUUCACUCACCGCAUUAACACGAUGUUCAUUGUGCUCUUAAUCCAACAAGGUCUUGGGUAUAUGCCAUCAUUAGCCGCAUUUGCCUCUGUAGUUUUAGUCUGUUCGAUUGUAGGUGGUAUAGUGAACCUUGUCAUUUUAUGUUUUGCAGUUCGGUAUGCUGUAAAGAAGACUGUUAUCUUCUGUGUGUGUACAUUUUACUUAGCUCUGGUCAUUAUAGCCUGUUGGACAUAUAACAUUUACGUGUUUGGGAUUUUGUUAUUCUUCACUGCAUGGUUACCCCAAGCUGCUGUAUCUCUUCAUGGCUCUCAAGUCCCAUUUGUGUCUACUGGCGACUUACAUCAAUUUGCGGACCACCUCUCGAUCUUGAUGUCCACUCUUACAAACUUCUUAUAUCUUUAUAUGGCAAGAGCUUUUCCGAAUCUCAAGUAUUUUAACUUGAACGGACAAGCCCUUUCUCUCAUCACAAAAGGGCAAGACAUUGAGAAACCGACGGGGACGUUCAUCUUGUCGACCGCUAUAUGUGUGUUUGCGUUCAUCUUACUGAUUCCUUAUAUGUUUCUUAAAGAACAUAUCACAAAGCCACCUAUUCGCCAAUUAAGUUAUAACAUUCCAUACAUCUUCAAUAACUUUCGAAUGGUCAUUGGGGAUAUGAUACGCGAUAAGAACUUUAUUAUGUUCUUAUUGUGUGUUAUAGGGACUCAAUAUGCUCCACUGUAUACUACUGUCUUAUUCCAUACGGUUCAAUCGGACAUAUUCCACACAGACACUUUCAUGUUAGAAAUUAAAGAAAAUAUCUUCUUCUAUGCAGCGGUGGUCUCUUUCUUCAUCUCACCACCACUUCUUCACAAAUUCGGCCCAAGGUGUAUGAUGAUCAUCAUCCUUUCUCUCGUUGCUAUCAUGACUUGUUUCCAACAAUUCGGUCUAUUAAGCGGCGUCUUCGGGUAUAUCGGCUGCGUCUUCGCGGGAUUCGCAAGUUCAACAACGAAUGUCACUAUCAGACGGUUUAUAUACGAAAAUAGUACAUACGACACUAUCAGUAUGCACUACGGCGUCGUAGCUAUUUUGUGCAAAAUUGUGAAUUCAUUGGCUAUCUUACUCUCUGUAGUGUAUCAACUCCAAGAGAACAAUUACUUCUAUGUCAGGUUCUUUGCUAUUGUCAUGAUCUUCUUCAUCACAAGUUUGGUCGGACUGGUCGCUUCAGUAUUCAUGAGAGACCACCACACCGACUACUGCAAUGGACUGAGACCUCCGUAUGUCAAAAACACUAUCAUUAUUGAAAAGGACUGA